AUGACAUGGGCAGAGUUUCAGCAGUCCUCAUUCUAUGAGGCUGAGAGGCAGAGGACGGUUCACUGCUCUAAACAUUUCUGGAAGCUGAACGUGGCGACCAUGGAGUACGUCAAUCCUCCAGACAGCUUCACGCAGGACGAACUCGAGGUGGUACAUUGUGAAGAUGGGGGGUUGGAGUUUGUGGAGUUGGACCCUCCUGACCCUUGGACAACUGAUCCCAGACCUGCUGAGGAACUUCAGCAUGGAGAGGUUAUGCUGACUUAUAUCACACACGCAUGUGUGGAAGUGAAGGCAGGGUCAAAGCGGAUGAUGUUUGAUCCGUGGUUGGUGGGUCCAGCGUUCGCUCGCGGUUGGUGGCUUUUACACGAACCUCCAUCAGAUGCACUGGAGAGACUCUACACUGCAGAUCUGGUCUACAUCAGCCACAUGCACUCGGAUCACCUCAGGGAACUGCUUAUAAUUAGCAUAACAUCUCAUGUUGCGUGAUCAUGUAGAGCAGAUGUUGUGGCUCAGGAUCACUGAUCAGAAGGUUGAGACCAGGUACUGCGAAGCUGUCACUGUCGGGUCUUUGAGAAUAAACUAUUGUUUCUAACCGGCUUUGGAUAAAAGCAUUUGCUGAAUGGGUGAAUUUAAAUGUAAACAAAUAUUA